CGCGCAUCAUUGCCGGGAUAAAGGAGGAGCGCGCGCGCGGCAGACGGACUGAUUUCUCACCUGUGGAUCGCGCGCGUGCUGGAUGCUUCUUGCGCAGGUGAUGUGCUCAGGCUGUCAUGAUGAAGACAGAACGGUACUCCACUGUCCCCAACAAAGACGCACAUGUUGACAUCAAAGGCACUGAAGACAUUGGCUACAUGCAGCACGACAUCAUUCUGCUAAAUUCUCUGACUCCAGAUGAGAGCUCGCGCUGUCGUUCUGGUCUGUAUUUCCUUGAUGGAGAGCGGCGUGUGGAUUACGUCCUCACCUACCAGAUUAAAAAACCGGGCAGCUCGCGGCGCCACUCGUCCCGGUUCACAGACAAUGUGCUCACGCGCAGCCUGCGUCGUGCACGCAACCCUGAACCAGGCGUCACCGACCACCAUGACGACGACAAGCGAUUCCGGCGCGAGGAGUUCGAGACCAACCUCCGGGAAAUGGGGCUCGAGCUGGAGAGGGACGAGGACACUAAAACCCCUAGUGUGGGCUUUGUGAAGAUCCACGCUCCAUGGCAUGUUCUUUGCCGAGAAGCAGAGUUCAUGAAGCUCAAGAUGCCCACGAAAAAAGUGUAUGAGGUGAAGCAAAGUGGAAGCGUUAUGGAGAAAAUCAACACGUUCAUUUAUAAAGUGACAGAUCCUCUGCACCCGAACGUAGAGGAGAACCGGAUAGAGAAGGUGAAGCGCCUUUCAUACCCGUUCUCCAGGGAGAAACAGCACCUGUUUGAUAUGUUGGACAGGGAUUUGUUUUUUGACAGCAAGACAAGAAGUUCAAUCGUAUUUGAGGUUUUGAAAAGGACAAAAUGCACAAAGUCGAAGUUCAGUAGUGGAAUAACAAGUCUAUUGGGCAGCGGUGCAUAUCUGGCUGCAUAUCCACUGCACGAUGGUGAGAUAGAUGGAGAAAAUGCACAACCAAAUGACAGGAAACUGCUCUAUGAAGAAUGGGCAAGUUAUAGUGUUUUUUAUAAAUAUCAACCCAUUGGCCUGAUCAGAAAGUACUUUGGGGAAAAGAUCGGUCUGUACUUUGCCUGGCUGGGAGUUUACACUCAAAUGCUGAUCCCUGCGUCUCUGGUGGGAGUGUUUGUUUUUCUGUAUGGCUGCGUUACCGUUGAUGAUGACAUCCCCAGUAUGGAGAUCUGUGAUGGCAGGAGAAACAUCACCAUGUGUCCUCUAUGUGAUGGAGUUUGUGGCUUCUGGAAUCUGAGCACAGCGUGUGGAACAGCGAGAGCUAGUCACCUGUUUGACAAUCCAGCCACUGUCUUCUUCUCCAUCUUCAUGGCCCUAUGGGCGGCUUUCUUCAUGGAGCAUUGGAAGCGGCGACAGAUGCGUUUGAACUAUGAAUGGGACCUGACAGGAUUUGAGGAGGAGGAGGAAGCACAGAAGGAUCACCCUAGAGCUGAGUAUGAGUUCAGAGUUGUGCAGAAAUCCCUCAAGAAAGAGCAGAACAAGUCCAAAAAGACAGAGAAAGAGAAGUUGACAUGUAAAGACAGGUGUCCUGCUUAUAUGACAAAUUUGGUGAUGAUGCUUUUAAUGAUCGGUGUGACAUUUGCGAUCGUCUUUGGUGUGAUUUUGUACCGUAUUUCCACCACAUGGGCACUGCACAUGAGCUCAAACCCAACGACACGCUCCAACGUUCGUCUCACUGUUAAAGCCACAGCAGCCAUCAUCAACCUUGUGGUCAUUCUCAUCCUGGAUGAGGUGUAUGGUGCUGUAGCACACUGGCUAACAACACUUGAAGUGCCAAAAACAGACAAAAGCUUUGAGGAGCGGCUAAUCUUCAAAACAUUUAUCCUAAAGUUUUUUAAUGCAUUUACUCCAAUUAUAUACAUCGCCUUCUUCAGAGGGAGGCUUGUUGGUCGUCCUGGCAGCUAUAUUUAUGUCUUUCAGUCUUACCGCAUGGAGGAGUGUGCACAUGGUGGUUGUCUGAUGGAGCUCUGCAUUCAGCUUAGUAUUACCAUGUUGGGAAAACAACUAAUUCAAAACAACCUGUUUGAAAUCGGCAUUCCUAAACUGAAGAAGCUGAUUCGUUACAUUAAGUCAAAACGCAGUGCGUUUCAGGAGGAGGAGCGAGAAAAAACCCUGCAGCACUACGAGACUGAUUUUUUCCUUGAACCUUUUUCAGGCCUCACACCAGAGUACAUGGAGAUGAUUAUCCAAUUUGGCUUUGUGACGCUGUUUGUGGCAUCAUUUCCGUUGGCACCACUUUUUGCUCUGCUCAACAACAUUAUUGAAAUACGUCUUGAUGCGAAAAAGUUUGUAGCAGAGAUCCGGAGGCCUGUGGCAGCGCGAGCCAAAGACAUUGGUAUCUGGUACAACAUUCUCCGAGGUGUGGCAAAAAUUGCAGUUAUUGUCAAUGCCUUUGUCAUCUCCUUCACUUCUGACUUCAUCCCUCGCCUGGUGUAUCUGUACAUGUACAGUAAUGAUGGCUCCAUGCAUGGCUUUGUUAAUCACACACUCUCACACUUUAAUGUCAGUCACUUCCAGAAUGGUACAGGGCCUGUCAGCUCGCUCUAUGCUGGCUUUCAAGUGGAAAUCUGCAGGUAUAAAGACUACAGAGAACCUCCAUGGUCGUUGACUCCGUAUCAGGUCUCUAAAGAAUUUUGGGUUGUUUUAGCUGCGAGACUCGCCUUCGUUAUCGUCUUUCAGAAUGUGGUGAUGCUGAUGAGUGACAUUGUGGACUGGAUCAUACCAGACAUCCCUAAAGACAUCAGCAUUCAGAUCCAUAAAGAAAAGAUCCUGAUGGUGGAUCUGUUCAUGAAGGAGGAGAAGGGGAAGAACCUGACCGCUGGAGAUGACAAAGCAAACCAAAACAAUUUGAAACACAGUCCUGUCCUUCACCCAAGACCGCUCACACACACUCAGAGCAACUGCUACUAGUGUGUAUGUAUUUGGGUGUGUGUGUGUGUUUGUCAUUACAUUCCACAAAUUACACAUUAAUCGUUUGUUGAUUUUUGGAGGGUUUUUUAUUUAUAAAAUACAAUAUUGUAAUUAACAGCCAUGCAACUUUAAUUAAAAGAACUAUGUGACCUUUUUAGCUUUUAUAAGAUGUCCAUUACAGUUAAACUAAAAGUUAUUAAUCCUCUUUUGUGUUUGAAUAACAAAAAUCUGAACAGAAUGAAAUUAAAAAGGUGUUCUGUAACAGGUAACAUUCAAAGGUUGUCAUGGCUACUAGAGAGAUCUAAUUUCAGGAAAGUUUCUGGAUGUUCCUGUUAUACAGCUCUAAUUUAUCCCCCGAAGAAGGAAUGAACAUAAGUAAUAAGUUAUUUUUACUUUACAUGAUGCUAUUUUACUCGGCUAGUGAGUAUAAACAGUAUAGUUAACAUAUAAAAUCUAGACCUCAACGAGUCAAAUUAAAUCUUUUUAAAACAAAGUCCUCGUUUCACAUUGAAUUAAAGUUACACUGUGGACCAUGAAACAUUUCUCUGUUUAUUUCUAUAUAAUCAGAGAUUUUUACUAUUUAACCACACAGCUGUUCACAUCUGCUUCAUAAACAUUGGAGCUUUUACUAUUGGCCUUUUUUGAUAUUUUAAUUUUAAUGGAGCUUGUGCUUAGCAACUUCCUAUAGCUUUCACAAAGUAAAAGUGAAGUGUUUAUGUUUAGGUUAAUAUUUAGCUAAUAUAAUGAUCCAGAGGUGUAAUAAGUGCCAGUUGUUUGAGUUUCAAACCAGAAACAGGGCAGAGUUUAUUUUCUAUAACAGAAUCAGAGACCGUAUGCAAACAGCCAAGAAUAAAAUGUCCACAAUAUCCCUUUAUCAGAAAUGUAGAGACACGUUUAUUGUUUGAAAUUGGCUUUUUAAUCUUUUACAGUGUGGCUACAGUACAUUGUCUGGUCAUUAUGUAAAUCACAUGUUUCAUAUAACAAAUGAGUCAGUAUUAAUGCUUUAAGUUAAAUAUGUACUUGUAUAUUCUACUUAGACACUUCUAAAGUUCAACUCCACCAGUGUGAAUAUUGGCAGCUAUUGUGGAUUUUUUUAGGUCUAAAACAUUUUAUUAUAAUUAUGGCUGUAUUCAAAAAGAUCGCUAAUUUUAUAUAAGAAGUACGAUAAUAACCUUUACUUAAAAAUUAACUAGAGUAGGAAUGUGCGUAGCCACAUUUAAAUCUGUAAUUGCUCUCGCAAAAUGUUUGUUUGAUUAUUGUACAAAUGAAUGUUUUUGAAAUGUUUGUCUAGUUUGUAUUAGACGGAGCAGUUAUUCAUUAUUUACUUAUAUCAUUGUUGCUGUUAAGGAAAGAAGGCCUUUAACAAAUGUUUUUAUUUAUUUAUUAUUAUUUUAUUUUAUUCAUUAUAAUUAUCAACAAAAGUAACACUGAAUUGUACCUUUAUAUUUUAGGCCAAACCACGAAGGAUGAUGUGGAUCUUUUAGUUUUUGAGUAAAAUUCCAAGGAUCAGUUAAGAUUUAUUAUAAAAUGUAUUUUUUCUUUUCAUUCUUAUUUUAAGAGGAUUUAUGUUUACAUUUAUUUGCCUGUAAUGGUUCUGAAGUGAUUAUAACAACAUUUCUUGCUCUGAUUGCCUUAUCACAAAAACCCAGUGUAUGUUAGGGCUCUUUUAUAGUAUAGAACACUUCAUAACAUCAACAUUGAGAAUUAAUCUUGUAAUUAUAGAAUUCUAUAAUAGACAUACAAUAUAAACAUUUGUAGUAAAAUUACAAAUAAAGCCUAAAACUAA